GGCUGGAUGACAUACUGCUUGUUCUAGGGGCAGUUGCUGUCAUUUACCCACAACAUGUGUAAAAUGAAUUUCACUAAUUGCCUGCCUGAAAAGUGAAAACUUACCAGACUGGUUAAAGUAGGAUGUCAAUAAGUGACGCAGGAGAGUUGGAGCGCAGAGUUGUAGGAGGAGAGACAGAUACGCCUCAGUACAGAACAGGAGGAACACGGACUGCAACUGCAAGAGAACAGCAGGAUGAAACAUUCAAGCAACAGAAGCAUCGUGAUGAUGAAACGCCAACUGGACAGCAGUGUCACCAAACAGCCAUCAGACAGGAAGAAACACUCACAGCACUGAUAUCAAAAGCAGAGAGGCUUAAAGAAGAAGAGGCUGCUCACUGCGCUGAAUCAAAGGUCCAGAGCCAGAAGCCCAUUGAACGUCAAUUCACCUCCUGCCUCCAACUCAGACUCUCCAGGACUCCAGAGCUAAAUCACAGCAAGGAAUUAGCCCCCUGUUUGCACAGUUUAACUGAAACACAGAGGACUGAGGCUAAGAACAGCAACCAUCUGAUUAAUGGGACAAAAUCACCACCAGACUCCUCUAUAAAGGUAGCCUGUGAAUCUCCAUUAUCUGAAAGGAUAUCAUUUCCAGCCAAGAAGAGGGAAGAGGCUAUUACAGUUGUUUGCAAUGAAUUGGAGGCUACCAAGGACUUCAGUGUAACUCAAAGUUUCUCCAAUCAGGAGUUUGGACCUCAUGGGUGUAAUGGCUUACACAUUCCAUGUGGGCCACAGCCAAGGACUAACACUAUAUCACUUGAGUUAGAAGAGGAUAUAAAAGGCCAAACAAAGCUUGAGAGACAAACUGAUUUUGGGGAACUAUCGAACACUAAAAGAACAAUGUUGUCUUCCACUGUGGUAACAGUUCUUGCCCCACACUGGAAUGGUCGACUAAGACGGACCAAAAGAUCUGAAGGACCUGGCAAUUCUGAAGGCCAGGGGAAUUUACACGACGUGACAAACACUGCGGCAAACCGUGCACAUGAACGUUUUCAAGACACUGUGGACAGGCCUUUGUCAGCUGGAUCACAAGCCCAAUCAAGGGUGCCAUGUCUGGGUACGAGGAGAAACACAGUGGGCUGGUCCACUAAGAGUGGACCUGUAAUCCUGGACUAUGAAUCUAAAAGGAAAAUGAUUCAUACUGUCUCUUUGGAUGUAAACUCUGGAAGGAUGGACAAUAGAAAAAUGGACGCAAGUUCUGUAAGCCCUGUACCCAGAGCUUUAUCUCCUUUGUCUCCCCUCUCCAUUGGCCAAAAUGAACAAAGGAUGAAUCAACAAACUGGUCAUCAAGUAGGACCGUCAUCUUUAAGUUCAAAACCAACAACCAGCAGCCUGCUUCUGUCAUUAAGAAGAAUUCACUCAAAUGGCAGGAACUCUAAUGCAGAUUCUUCGCCCCAGAGCAGUUCGACAAGUGAUCGAGAUGGAAAAGUAUUCGCAACGCACCUUUCUCAAAGCUUUCUCAACGAUAAUGGGCAAGACAGAUCAAAGUCCUUCCUCUCUCCAUCGCCCGUUUCUUAUAGGACAAGUGAAAGUGGGCCUGCAGUAUCCCCAUUAUCCUCCAAUCAAAGAGAAAGGAACACAUUUGAAACACGCUUCUUUUCACCUUCAUUCAUAAACAAAGACAUGGAAAACACACCCUUUUCCCAACAACCUCAAUCAAUGAACAGGACCCAGUACACAGAAUAUCCAAGUAACGUACCAUCAGAGAUGCGGGAGAACUGGAGGGGUUCAGACAAAAGUACAAAUGUAUUCCCAGAGAGCUCUGCCUCUUCACCGAGACCUUCUCAAUAUGACCCAUCUGCUCUCUUUAAAACACAUUCCCUUCCUAGAAGGACCACCCUAACAUCCACUUCCUGGUGGAAACAAGUGAACCAGGAAGGCAGUUCCCCUCUCAAUGAUGAAAUGAGCAUCAAAGGCAAAACAGACACAACCUUAAUUCCACCCUGCAAUAAUAAUACAGACUUGACCUCUACAAGUCCAACUGACAACAGAAGAUUUAGUGGUCAAAUUCUCAAUAACAGAUUCAACAAUACCACAAGAGAGUCAGUUCGCAAAGGUAACAUGAACCUUGCUAUGAUGACACAGGAAAGAACUCCCAAUCUCAAACAAAGAAAUGCUGGGGAUUCACCUGAGCGUGAGUCACACAGGCUUGACAAACAGCAAUAUGGUUCCCAUUUGGACAACAGAGAACCUCAAAAGCCUCAGAGUUUGCCCGAUGUUGUGACUACUUCUAAAAUGAGCAGACCUACAGGUAACCCACCACUGAGUUACCCUAAAGAUCUCAUCAGGCACGAUGUAAAUAAUAGUUUAUUUACAACAGAUGUAACUGAUUUACCACCUACUUUGCUAGAUGCCAAGAGCCCAAAUACACCCACUGAGAGCAGCAGAAAAUUCAAUAAUAAUCAUUGUACAUCCAAAACUAACACCACCCCCACAUUUUCACAGAACAAGAACUCUCAAAAGUUUAACAAACCACCUCUUUCUCUUCCUACCACCAACAUUCUCAAUAGUCAAGCGCUUACAUCUACAACGACCCUUACCCCAAACAAUAAAACCAUUUCCUCCUUCCAAUCGGAUCCAGUUGGUUCACAGACCAAUAUUGGCAUGUAUUACACAGGCUCUUCCCAACCUCCUAAAUUCCCCAACCCAGCCAAUGCCACACCUCUUGGCUUUGAAAGACGCUAUGCUUUCGUUCACAAACCUCUCCACCCUGAAACUGUGUCCAGCCUGUUUCCAACUGGCAAUGCUACCUCUAAAACACACUGCAGUCCUGUAUCAACCAGCUUUCCUUUUACCACUGGCAGCCAUCCUGCAGCCAGAGCUGCCCCCAACCCAUCUCUCCUUACUCCUGUCGCCACUCCUGCUAUGACAUCAUCUCCCAUCAUCACUGUUUCUUCUCUCCUAACCCCCCCUGCCACCCCUUUUAAUACCAGCCCCAGCUUCUCAGAAACGUCUAGUCCUAAAGAGGGAAGGGAAUUCUUAAGCAGCCCCGAAAGUGACCCAAAGAAACUGCGCCCCCGUGUUGACGGAAAGAGAGUGAGACGAGUAACAUGGGAAGACUCAGUGGAUCUAAAGGAUCCUGAGCCAAUCACUAGCAAGAAGCCGGAACUAUCUCAAGUCCCAAAAAGCCCUCUAUCUGUCUCUAGCUCCCCACAAAGCCUCAAAAAUGCAUCCAUCUUUUCUUUUCUAAGAUCAAGCAAUCCAACAACAAACACACCUCCUCUUUGCUCCCAUACCCCUAAGACCUCUGGCAUACUUGUGGUGAAAGGAGGGAAGUAUCGAUCCUUAUCGUCUGACUCUGCUGAUUCAGCAUCCAGAGAGCAAAAGAGGUUUAAGCAAAGACCUUGUGACAGUAUGAUCCUUGAUCCAGGAAGACAGGACUCAACCACACCUAGACCUGAGAGGACACUAUCAGUGGAGUCAGUUCAUUGUCGUUCUUCUGCUCCUCUCUCCCUCCCUCCUGACUUUUCAAGUGGUUAUAAACUUCGAUAUAGUGUCCCACCUUACUCCAGUCUCAUGUCGUCCAGGUCAACACAGGGAGAAACUAAGACUAUAAUACCCAGAUCCCCCCUCUUUCCGCAGUCUCAGCCAUAUGUUACCCCACAUCUUUCUAUGAGGACUGAUCCAGUUGCAGCCACGACAUUUCCUACCUCUAAACCCCCUCUGUCGCCUGUCAGACAACCCCAGCCCCCACCCUUGCCUUUCCAAAACAAAACUGCAACAACCCAAGGAAGUACACAGUGUGGCGUUUCAGAAACGUAUCACGUCAACUUUAAUAGUAGCAAGAAUAACAGCCAAGAUUACCAGAAUGGUCAGAUAUUACUUAUUGACAACAGAUUUCAUCAAGGACUCAACUCCUCUUCACCAUGUGUAACAGAAACACUGGUUUACAGUGUUAAAUCCAAAGCAGAUAGAGCUGUAGGUGCACCGCAGUACACCACACCUAACCCUGUGCAACAUACUGCGGUUUCUGUGGAGACCAAGUUGAGUCAACAGUCACACAGAGGGCAGAGUAAGGAAGGUACAAGAGAACAACGUGGCCAUUCACCUCAGAGCUCCAGUGAUAGCAGCUCAACAGAGAGUCAGCCUCCUGGUGAAAGCUCGAACAGGAGAGUGAAGGACAAUGUACUGGGUAAGAGUAGAUUUUUUUCAAUGGAGGGAAACAAUGAACAAAGCCCAAAGAGAAGUCGGUUUGCACUUAAGAAAAGUGUCAGCACACCAAACUCCAGUUUGCACAGAUCAGAGUCUGAGAGGGCCAGCAAGACUAAUAACAAAAUGGACAAGGUCUUAAGCAAACUGAAAGAAAGAUUCAGCUACAGACUGUCUGAUGAUGAUGUAUUGUUUCCAUGGAAAUGGAAGCGAGCCUCCCAAACACCUUCUGUUAGUGGAUCAAGUGACAUCAGUGAUAGCACUAUUGAGAGUACCCCCAAGCUAAUGCAGCAAGAGCAGGACAAAGGGAUGCUGCUGGGGGACAAUGGAAAGGGAACAGAGGGAAUUCAUAGAUGGACACCAAACAGAUGCACUCUGAGACCACCCUCAGGUCCUGGGAACAUAAUGGCAGGAGGUGACCUUUGCAUUUGGCCAGACAUGUCACAUCCAGAAACUGACCAAAAGGAGCUAAAUGCUUUUGCAGAACACAGCAACAGUCAAAACAAACCUCAAUUUUCCAUCCAGAGCCUACCAAUCCAAUUGGACUUUAAUGAAGACAGCGGGGCAGAUUCUAACCCAACAAACCAGUACCUCUCUUGCAGGAGCCCUAAUGCCUCUACUCAGUUAGGUCGGUCUGCAUCUAGCCCCAGAAGCCCCUUCUCACCCUUCUCUUCACUUUCGCCGGUCUCCCCAUUCGCCUCACAGGAUGUUUCAGACGACAAUGUAUUUUUUAGCCCAAAGCCACAGCGCCGUAGAGAUACCCCCUCACCAUGUGAGCAGGGAGAAGGAAUUAGCCUGGGGGGUUCAAGAAGAAGCCGGGCAUCCAUUGGUCCUCCAAGUGCAGGUCCAGGACAGGACGAGGAAGGCUCAGCAUCGUCCUAUGCAGACUUAAAGUAUGGCAUUGAGCCUGGGAGGUCUUUUUCUGUGAGUUCAGUACUGUCCAGCAGACCGUCAGGGCCUGGUCGCAUCUCAACCGGAUCCAGGUUCAUGAGUGUGGGGGACCUCUCUGAAUCUGCCUUGACUUGUGAAGGCAACGGUAAGGACCUGGAUCAGUGGUCUGUUCAUCCAGAUUGGAGCACAGAAAAAGAUUGCCAACCAAGUAAGGACUGUCGAAUGCCAUAUUUGGCCAGCGACCCUGGUAAAAUGAGGUCCAGAUCUCUUCCUCGAUCACUGACAAGGCGCUUGGCAAAUUGGAGUUCAGAAGUCCCUGUUUCUCCUUCUGUAACAACCACAACCUCAAAGCAAGCCCGCCUUUGGAGCCCUAACAUGAACACUUGUCACUUUGCAUGGGCAACAGAGGGUCCUCCAACCCCUCCUCCUACCCCACCCCUAUCACCAGUGUCCAGACGCAUAUCCCAGCCCCCCAGCCUUUCCUCCCCGACCUAUCCUGGCUCGUCAGGGGCCUCAAUGCAAGUGGACAGCCAGUCCUCCAAAGGGCUUCGGCCCUCAAGAGGUUAUGAAACCAGCCUUAGCACUUUUGAGGAGUCUACAGACAGCAGUUCAGACACAACAACAGAUGAUGAAUAUUAUUUAGAAACAGGUGAAGACGAAGAAAAGAAAAGAGACAGAACUGUAAAGGCAAACAUUUGUUUUUUAACCGUCCCUUCGGUCAAAAUCUCUUAGACCCAAAGUGGGGCUAACAUCUGUUAUUUAAAGUAUGUCUGCAUGUCUCCCUUUCCUGGGACGUAAGGACAGUUUUACGCCAGAAUAAUUUGCUUUUAAAAAAAAAAUGGUGGUUGUUGUCAAGUCCAAAAUACCUUAGAUGAGCAAGCAUGAUAUUAUCAGCAUUGGUUUAAAGCUUAUAAUAUAUGUGCAGUAUAAUUGCGGAUCUGUAAUCUGCAUUGUUUAACAUGUAUAGUUUUGAGAGUUGCAUGGUAUCAGUGAGGGAUUUACAUCUAUGUAGUGUAUGAUCAAACUUGUGUAAGGUUGUAGUUUUUACCUAAAUCCUUUCUUAAGGUUUGCAUUUCAUCCUGCUACUUAACAAUAAGUGCUGAGGUAAAGUUGAUAAAUGUUCUAUCAUGUGACAUUCCAUUAUCUUUUUUAUGUAUACAGAUUGAAAUAAAUAUGGUAAGUUAUUAUUAGUUGUCUUUAUUAAAUAAGGACAUGUAUAAAACAUGAUGAUUUAUGCCAGAUUAAGCUUGAGCUGGUAUAUAGAGCAAUCAACAGAUGUUGUAAGAAUAAAGCAGAUUGUUUUUCUCAGUGUUGUUUAAAAAAAAUGUAUUAUGUAUUUUGAAAAAGAUUUUUUUUUAAAUGUAAUUCUACUGAAUAUUAACAUUUGAUGUCGAACAUUAUUCACUGCUUUAAACAGUGCUUGCUUUUAUUUGCACAUUGGCAAUCUUAAAUCUUAAUAUAUCUAUUUUAUAAAUAAAUGUAUUUCAAACAGUAACUCAUGUU